AUGAGGGAUUCUCAGUGUAGGCAGAGUCUGAGACUCCGAGAGACUAUCUGCAUCUACCUGACCACUCUGCUGAUCAUUCUCGGGGUCCUGGUGUCUUCAUUUAACCCCACCAGCCCCAGGCACAGCUCCUUUCCCUAUCGGGUACCUUUGGAUCCCCAGGGAGUGGCAGAAUUGGACUGGAAUGUCAGCUAUUCACAGGAAGUUGUGUAUUUCCGUCUUUUGAUCAGACAGUUGAAGUUUGGGAUAAUAUUCGGAAUGUCAGACAGAGGAGACAUUCGGAAUGCUGACCUGGCCAUUCUUUGGAGUGACGGUCAGAACUCCUACUUUGGGGAUGCUUGGACUGAUGAAGAGGCACGGAUUCAUUUGGACACCCAGCAAGAUUACCAAUUGAUUGAUGCUCACCAAUCUGCCCAAGGCCUCUACCUCACCUUCAAGAGACCAUUCAAUACUUGCGAUCAAAGAGACUACAUCAUUGAGGGUGGAACAGUGCACCUUCUAUACAGAUUCCUCAACCAGCCGAUAACAUCAUUGAAGUCAAUAGAUCCGAAGGAAAUGCCUGGUGGCCUGCAGCGAGUACAGCUUCUGAAGCCAAUGAUUCACACACCACCACUGCCCUCAGAUAUUAAGGUGCUGGAGGUCCUCACCCCCAACGUUACUAUCCCUGACCAGGAGACAACAUACUGGUGUUAUAUCAGCACACUGCCCCAUCACCUCCCCGCGCAUCACAUUGUCAUGUAUGAGCCAGUGAUCACAAAGGGGAAUGAAGCGAUUGUCCAUCACAUGGAGGUGUUCCAGUGCGCCCCAGAGUUGGACCGGAUCCCAUCCUACAGUGGCCCUUGUGACUCCAGAAUGAAGCCUCCGCGGCUCAACUUCUGCCGACAUGUGCUGGCUGCCUGGGCCAUGGGAGCGCAGCCAUUCUAUUACCCAAAAGAUGUGGGACUCAUGAUUGGAGGAGCCAAUUUCUCAAAGUAUUUGCGGCUGGAAGUUCAUUACCACAACCCACUGAGAUUGUCUGGAAGGUUGGACAGUUCUGGGAUUCGCUUGUUCUACACUCCCACCUUACGGAAGUUCAACGCAGGAAUCCUCGAGCUGGGGUUGGUGUACACUCCGGUCAUGGCUAUUCCACCUGGUGAGGCAAACUUUGAGCUCAGUGGAUAUUGUACAUCAAGAUGCACAGAGCAGAGUUUGCCGGAGAAUGGGAUUCACAUCUUUGCCUCACAGCUUCACACUCACCUCGCUGGCACCAAGGUUAAAACCGUCCUUGUCCAGGGUGGGGUUGAGGUGGACAUUGUCAAUGUUGAUGAACAUUACAGUACUCAUUUUCAGGAAAUCCGACUUUUACAGAAAGAGAUCACAGUGAAGCCGGGAGAUGUUUUGAUAACCUCCUGCACGUAUAACACUGAGGACCGGAGCCAUGUGACUGUGGGGGGAUUUGGAAUCAAUGAAGAAAUGUGUGUGAACUACGUACACUACUAUCCCCAGACCCAACUGGAAUUAUGCAAAAGUGCAGUGGAUAUCAAUUACCUACAAAAGUAUUUCACCUUUAUCAACAGGAUUGAUGAUGACAGGAUCUGCAGCUGUCCCCAGGUACCAGUAACGCAACAGUUUGAUGCAGUGCCCUGGAGCCCAUUCAGCAGUCAGGUGCUGAAAGCGAUGUACGAUUUUGCUCCCAUUUCUGUGCAUUGCAACAAGUCGUCCGCAGUGAGCUUCCCAGGUAACUGGGAUGAGCAGCCCCUCCCUCAGGUAACUGUGGCACUGGCAAAAUCACGGGAUCAUUGCCAGAGAUCGAGUCACACGGCACCAGGAGAGGCAACGGUGGUCCAACUCACUGCCACUAAACCAGGAGAGUGAUGGAAGCCCCUUCAAUGGUCACAGUAUCCAGCUGUAGGGUAACUGAAAUAGCCAAGCCUCAAUGAGGUUGGUGGAGGGAGGGUGAAGUGAAGCUGAUGUUUCUGCUGCAGUGUCUCACCAAUGAAAGUGUGGUCCAUGUCUGUAACCUUGUGCUGUCACCCAGUGUGUACUGUCCUUUAA